AUGGUUUCUGUGCAGGAAGCAGGAAGCAUGAAGCCAGUCUUCUGUGGGAACUUUGAGUAUGAUGCGCGUGAGGGUGAUUUGGAACGGCUAUUCAGGAAAUACGGCAAGGUUGAGAGGGUCGAUAUGAAAUCUGGAUUUGCGUUCGUGUACAUGGAAGAUGAAAGGGAUGCUGAAGAUGCAAUCCGAGCGCUUGACCGCUUUGAAUUUGGGCGUAAGGGACGCAGACUUCGUGUUGAGUGGACAAAGAGUGAACGUGGAGGUGAUAGAAGAUCAGGUGGUGGUUCAAGGAGAUCUUCAUCCGGCAUGAAACCUUCCAAGACUCUGUUUGUGAUCAACUUUGAUGCGGAUAAUACCAGGACCCGGGAUCUGGAGAGACACUUUGAGCCGUACGGCAAAAUCGUAAACGUUAGAAUCAGGAGGAAUUUUGCUUUUAUCCAGUACGAGGCACAAGAGGAUGCCACCAAAGCACUGGAUGCUACAAACAACAGUAAGCUGAUGGAUAAGGUGAUCUCGGUGGAGUAUGCUGUGAAGGACGAUGACGCAAGAGGGAAUGGGCACAGUCCUGAUCGUCGCCGUGACAGGUCGACUGAAAGGAGAAGGCGAUCACCGAGUCCUUACAAAAGAGAAAGAGGAAGCCCUGAUUAUGGCCGAGGUGCGAGUCCCGUUGCUGCAUACAGAAAGGAAAGGACCAGUCCUGAAUAUGGACGAAGACGUAGCCCAAGUCCUUACAAGAAAUCAAGGCGUGGUAGUCCCGAGUAUGGUCGGGACCGCAGAGGCAAUGAGAGCCCUCGCAGGAGGGAGAGAGUCGCGAGCCCGGCUAAGUACAGCCGCAGUCCGAGCAACAGGAGAGAGAGGGUGAGCCCUAAUCACAGCCCGGUGAAGAAGGAAAGCCCGAGAAAUGGAGUCGGUGAAGUUGAAAGCCCACAUGAAAGGAGGGAGAGGGAGAGAUCAAGGUCUAGCCCUGAGAAUGGCCAAGUCGAAAGCCCUGGCUCUAUUGGGAGAAGAGACAGCGAUGGUGGCUACGAUGGUGUAGAGAGCCCGAUGCAGAAGAGCCGGUCUCGUUCGCCUCCAGCUGAGGAGUGA